CCUUCUAGAUUGCUCCAGCAGUUAUUUAACAGAAAACUAGUCCCAACUCUAAGCUUGAGAGAGAGAAACCAAGAAUGGCAUCCAUGGCAGCUGCUGCUAGCUCCACCACUGUUGUGAGAGCCACCCCAUUCUUGGGUCAGACCAAGAAUGCUAAUCCUCUUAGAGAUGCUGUUCCCAUGGGACCUGCUAAAUUUACCAUGGGAAAUGAUUUGUGGUAUGGGCCUGACCGUGUUAAGUACUUGGGACCCUUUUCUGCUCAAACUCCUUCAUACUUGACUGGAGAGUUCCCUGGUGAUUAUGGAUGGGACACUGCUGGUUUGUCUGCUGAUCCUGAGGCUUUCGCCAAAAACAGGGCUCUUGAGGUGAUCCAUGGAAGGUGGGCAAUGCUUGGAGCACUGGGAUGCAUAACCCCAGAAGUUCUUGAAAAAUGGUUGAAUGUGGACUUCAAGGAGCCAGUGUGGUUCAAAGCAGGAGCCCAGAUCUUCUCAGAAGGAGGGCUGGACUACUUGGGCAACCCAAACCUUGUCCAUGCACAGAGCAUCUUGGCAGUGCUGGGGUUCCAAGUUGUUCUCAUGGGGCUUGUUGAAGGGUUCAGAAUCAAUGGCCUCCCUGGAGUUGGAGAGGGCAAUGACCUCUACCCUGGUGGCCAAUACUUUGAUCCUCUCGGCCUAGCCGACGACCCCGUCACCUUUGCUGAGCUCAAGGUCAAGGAAAUCAAGAAUGGCAGACUAGCCAUGUUCUCCAUGUUUGGAUUCUUUGUCCAAGCCAUUGUUACUGGCAAAGGCCCUCUCGAGAACCUCUUGGACCACCUUGACAACCCUGUUGCUAACAAUGCCUGGGUUUAUGCCACCAAGUUUGUCCCUGGAUCAUAAAUUUCCCUGCAUUCAUCUCUUGUUCAUCCAAACCCCAAUGUAUGAUUGAAAAAAAAAACGAAAAUUUUCUGUAGAUUAUAUAUAAUUUAUCAGAGUUUGGACUGAA